GUGGCAUUGUGGGCUUAGAUUUUUUAUAGUAUCCAAAAUGGCAGCCAGUCUGGGCUGGCGUAGUAUAUCUUUAAUACCAUUUCACUAUACUAAUAAUUUGUGUGCAAACUAAGAACUUAAUAUGGAUGUAAGCAGCGAAAGAUCAUCUGGUCGGAAUGACUUUUUCGUUGGCGGGAAGUAUCGAUUAUUGCGGAAAAUUGGUAGUGGGUCGUUCGGUGAUAUUUACUUAGGAAUCAACAUAACAAAUGGCGAGGAAGUCGCUGUUAAAUUGGAGCCAGUCGAUGCUCGCCACCCUCAACUUCUAUACGAAAGUAAACUCUAUAAAAUCUUGCAAGGAGGUGUCGGCAUUCCUCAUGCUCGUUGGUGUAGCCAGGAUAGAGAUUAUUAUAUCCUUGUUAUGGAUUUAUUAGGGCCGAGCCUUGAAGAUUUGUUCAACUUCUGUUCAAGGCGAUUUACCAUGAAAACUGUUUUAAUGAUUGCGGACCAGAUGAUAGGGCGUGUCGAGUAUGUUCAAAACAGAAAUUUUAUUCACCGAGAUAUUAAGCCUGACAAUUUCUUGAUGGGAAUUGGACGUCACUGUAAUAAGGUAUUUAUGAUAGAUUUUGGUUUGGCUAAAAAAUAUCGCGACGGUAAGACACGCGUACAUAUUGAAUAUCGUGAAGAUAAAAAUUUGACCGGAACUGCUCGUUAUGCUAGCAUUAAUGCUCACUUGGGAAUCGAACAGAGUCGUAGGGACGAUAUGGAAUCCCUUGGCUAUGUCUUGAUGUAUUUCAAUCGUGGUAGCCUUCCUUGGCAAGGUCUGAAAGCGGCGACCAAAAAACAGAAGUAUGAGAAGAUAAGCGAGAGGAAAAUGUCUACUCCCGUCGAAGCCCUGUGUAAAGGUUUUCCUGCAGAAUUCGCUAUGUAUUUGAAUUAUUGCCGUGGAUUGCGUUUUGCCGAAGCUCCCGAUUAUAUGUACCUCAGGCAGCUUUUCCGCAUACUUUUUCGUACUCUUAAUUAUCAGUACGAUUAUACAUUUGACUGGACAAUGUUGAAACAAAAAGCUACAAGCAACGUACAGCCACCACAAACUGCAAUUUCGAAUGUUCGUUAGAAUAGCUUGCAAUAACUUUUUGAAGAAAGCUUCGAACGAUGUCUUGAUAUGAAAAAAAAAAAGCACCAAUUUUUUUUUAAAUACCAGUCUCGUGUGUCA